AAUAAUAGAGCCAGACUUUCACCUGAAGAAAGACACAGAAUAUUUGUUAUUGGAAAAAAACACGAUUUCCCAGUCCAAGCCCAUCCAUGUUUAAGCCUCCAGGAAACCCAGGCUGCAGCUCCCAACUAUGCCACAGAGCCGAGUUUUUCCUGUGCCAAGAGUGCUCUGAUGAGUACAGUUGGUUGCUCCCCUCUGGAGAAACAGAGAAUUCCCAGUCAACAGAUGGGCUACAAUUGCUUCUCUUUGGAGACAAAGAUUCUCAGUCAACAGGUGGCCUCCCAGAGCUCCCAUCUGGUCACAGGCACUGAAAAGCAACCACGCUGUGCUUUGGAGUAUGGAGGUGACACAGCAAGUGGGCAUUCUACUGACUAUCGUUUUCUCAGCUACAACUCUGCAGUAUGCCUUCAUCCUCCUCCAUCUUCUGUGCCAUAUUUUCAUGGAGAAAGGACUGAAACCAGGGAAAGCCAGCAUGCAAGUCCCUUCCUUUUGGAUUAUGCUCAAGGCGCAUAUGGGGUGAAGAAAGACCAUUGUCGUUGCUCAUUCUCUCUCUCACUGCUGCGAGAACAGCAGCAGAAUGAUUGGCAGUAUCACCCGCAGCAGCACCAACAGCCUCAGAAUUACUUAGAGGGGAUGAUGGUCCAGGAACAGCUGCCGAUGGACUCGGGUCCUUGGGAUCUAGGGAAGCAGUGGCCCUCGGCUCAGUCACAGCUGCAGAGUCAACUGCCUCAGAAUAAUGGAAAGCCGUGCUCUCAAUUGCAGCACAUGCCUCCCCAAAUAGUGACCCUGCUGCGUCUGAGGCAAGAUAUGCAAGAAGGGGCUUCAGAGCAACCCAGGACUCAAAUGCAGCAGUUUUAG